GAGAGGGAAAGGCACUCCCAGCCAUGGGCUCGAGGUGCGGGAGACCCGGGGGGUCUCCGGUGCUGCUAUUGCUGCCGCUGUUGCUGCCCUCGUGUCCGCUGCGGAGCGCUCGGAUGUUUCCAGGAAAUGCCCAUGGAGAGCUAGUCACUCCCCACUGGAUCCUGGAGGGCAGACUCUGGCUCAAGGUCACCCUGGAGGAGCCGAUCUUGAAGCCUGACUCGGUGCUGGUGGCUUUAGAGGCUGAAGGCCAGGAUCUCCUGCUUGAACUGGAGAAGAAGCAGGAAUUCUUAGGCAAAGGGAACUUCCACAGAUGGCAGAAGAAAAAGCUGCGAAGGUCAAAUCCAAUGGUGACAGUUCAUCUGGUCUACCUGGAAUGCCUCCAUCUGCGUGGAAGAGAACAGAGACAUCUGGUCUACCUGGAAUGCCUCCAUCUGCGUGGAAGGGAACAGAGAGGAGAGGGCUGGGGUGGGGGGCUUCCCAGUGGGGCCGAUCGAAGAGGGCAUCUUAGUGCUAAAGAUCUUGGAUGGACCUAAAGAGUCAAAGAACGGGAGGUGGUAAAGGAGAAACACAGUGUCGAAGGAGUGCAGAGGGUAAGCAAGAUGGAGGCGUGGAACUGCAGACUCCACCACCAACCACACCACUCGCUCAUGUCUGCUUUCUUACGGACAUUGCAGAAGGCACUCAUUCAUUUUAUUCUCUCCAUGGAAUCAGACAGACUGGGAACAAACUGCAAACACCACGCCAAACCACAGUUCCUGACAGUGCCACAUCCCUUCCUACUAAACGGUCUUGUACAUGUGUGCACACAUUGAACGUUAGCAUGUAUGAGUGCAGCCAGCAAAGCAGCAGAGUUGUAAUGUGUGUAAGGAUGGCUGGCCGUACAACAGCCUGGGUUUUUGAUGGAGGACAAUGUGAAUUUGGAGUCAGGAUUUUCUGUAAGGAAGAGCAAUUGAAGUCAGGCAUGGAGGUAGAGGCCUGUAAGUCCGGCUCCUCUGGGCAGGAGAAACACAGAGUCAAGUCAGGGACUGCCUGAGUUAUAAAGAAUGAGUUCAAGACCAGCCUAGGCAACUUAGCAAAAUCCAGUCUCAAAAUAUAAAGGAGUGAGGAAGAGGGAAAGAGAAAAAGAGGGAGAAGGAGAAGGAGGAAAAGAAAAGAAAGAAGGAAAGAAAGAAAGAGAAGGAAGGAAGAAAGGAAGGAAGGAAGAAAAAGAAAGAGAGAGAGAAAGAAAGAAAGAAAGAAAGAAAGAAAGAAAGAAAGAAAGAAAGAAAGAAAGGAAGAAAAGCAGCUAUUUAUUUAUGGUUGCAAUGUUCCUGGUGGGGACAGGGAAGAAGCCUGAAAAUGGAAACAUUACUGAUAGAGUCUAGCUCCAGGUAAAGGGACCCUUCCCCGGGUGGCUGAACAGAAGCAGCUACAGGCAGGUGGAAGUCGGAAGUACGCAUCACUGAGGGACAGAUGGAGACAUGAGAUCUAGCAGUCUGAGGAGAACUGGAGGGCCUGGGGUCCGCUCAGCAAAGGCAGGAGUACCCUGGCCCUACUUGGCCUCUCUGAGGUAGUAUCUCCUGGCACACACACACACACACACACACACACACACACACACACACACACACACCUGCCUGCAGCAGGCUCCACAGCACCAAAGGUCCCCAGCCUGUCCUUCUGGGUGCUUCCCACACUUCCCAUCCCCUUGACUAACCCACCUCAGGACUCGCUCCAGACCUUUGUCUUCUUUUUGCCUGAGGUUUUCUCUUUGAGGCACAGUGUCUCCUUUCUCUCUGACACACUGAAUGCCUCCGCUAGCACUCAGGGAGGAGAGCUGGAAGCAAGCGGCAGGAUGCAGGUCUAAAUCCAGUGACUCCUAACCCUCCCCCUUUCCAGCAAGCUUCUGGCCCCAGGAUACACAGAAACCCACUACAGGCCAGAUGGGCAUCCGGUAGUGCUGUCCCCCAACCACACGGUGAGACACUUUCAUGGGAUCUGAGAACAUGGGGAGGGUGCAGCCUCAAUGCCUACCCUGUCCUGUUUUGCAUUCCUAAGGAGGUUGUAGUCUGCCUUCAGGCCCCACUUCCUCCUUGUCCCACCAACUUGAGCUCCUACUCAGAUGUGGGUAUGAGCCUCUUCCUCUCUAGGAUCAUUGCCAAUAUCACGGGCGUGUGAGGGGCUUCCGGGAAUCCUGGGUGGUUCUCAGCACCUGCUCUGGGAUGAGUGGCCUUAUUGUGCUCAGCAGCAAAGUCAGCUAUUAUCUGCAACCUCGGACUCCUGGGGAUACCAAAGACUUCCCAACCCACGAGAUCUUCCGGAUGGAGCAGUUGUUCACCUGGAGAGGGGUCCAGAGAGACAAGAACUCCCAAUACAAAGCAGGAAUGGCCAGUCUUCCUCAUGUCCCCCAGAGCCGGGUGAGGCGAGAGGCGCGCAGGAGUCCCAGGUACCUGGAACUGUACAUAGUGGCUGACCACACCCUGUUCUUGCUUCAGCAUCAGAACUUGAACCACACGAGACAGCGCCUCCUGGAGGUUGCCAAUUGCGUGGACCAGAUUCUCAGGACUCUGGAUAUACAGUUGGUGUUGACCGGGCUGGAAGUGUGGACCGAGCAGGAUCUCAGUCGCAUCACUCAGGACGCAAACGAAACGCUCUGGGCUUUCCUACAGUGGCGCCGCGGGGUGUGGGCCAGGAGACCACACGACUCCACACAACUGCUCACGGGCCGCACCUUCCAGGGUACCACGGUGGGCCUGGCACCUGUGGAGGGCAUAUGCCGCGCGGAGAGCUCCGGAGGUGUGAGCACAGACCACUCGGAACUCCCCAUCGGCACAGCAGCCACCAUGGCCCACGAGAUAGGCCACAGCCUGGGCCUCCACCAUGAUCCCGAGGGCUGCUGCGUGCAGGCCGAUGCAGAGCAAGGAGGCUGCGUCAUGGAGGCAGCCACAGGGCACCCUUUCCCGCGCGUCUUCAGCGCCUGCAGCCGCCGCCAGCUGCGCACCUUCUUCCGCAAAGGGGGCGGUCCUUGCCUCUCCAACACCUCGGCGCCGGGGCUCCUGGUGCUGCCCAGCCGCUGCGGAAACGGCUUCUUGGAAGCAGGAGAAGAGUGCGACUGCGGUUCUGGCCAGAAGUGCCCAGACCCCUGCUGCUUUGCCCACAAUUGCUCCCUGCGUGCGGGGGCUCAAUGUGCCCACGGUGAUUGCUGUGCGAGGUGCCUGUUAAAGUCCGCGGGCACGCCUUGUCGUCCUGCUGCGACUGACUGCGAUCUCCCCGAGUUCUGCACCGGCACCUCCCCGUAUUGCCCCGCAGAUGUUUACCUACUGGAUGGCUCACCCUGCGCUGAGGGUCGCGGCUAUUGCCUAGACGGCUGGUGUCCCACGCUGGAGCAGCAGUGCCAGCAGCUAUGGGGGCCUGGGUCCAAGCCGGCCCCAGAGCCAUGUUUCCAGCAGAUGAACUCCAUGGGGAAUUCGCAAGGGAACUGUGGCCAGGACCACAAGGGUAGCUUCCUGCCUUGUGCUCAGAGGGACGCUCUGUGUGGGAAACUGCUGUGCCAGGGAGGGGAGCCGAACCCACUAGUGCCGCACAUAGUGACUAUGGACUCCACAAUUCUCCUAGAGGGCCGCGAAGUGGUUUGCCGAGGGGCCUUUGUGCUCCCAGAUAGUCACCUGGACCAGCUUGACUUGGGUCUGGUAGAGCCAGGCACCGGCUGUGGACCUAGAAUGGUGUGCCAGGACAGGCACUGUCAGAAUGCUACCUCCCAGGAGCUGGAACGUUGCUUGACUGCCUGCCAUAACGGUGGGGUUUGCAAUAGCAAUCGUAACUGUCACUGUGCUGCUGGCUGGGCUCCACCCUUCUGUGACAAGCCUGGCUUGGGUGGUAGCGUGGAUAGUGGCCCUGCACAGUCUGCAAACCGAGAUGCCUUCCCCUUGGCCAUGCUCCUCAGCUUCCUGCUGCCUCUGCUCCCUGGGGCUGGCCUAGCCUGGUGCUACUACCAGCUCCCAACAUUCUGUCAUCGAAGGGGACUGUGCUGCAGGAGGGACCCCCUAUGGAAUAGAGACAUACCCCUGGGCAGUGUGCAUCCGGUGGAGUUUGGCUCCAUCAUCACUGGAGAGCCCUCGCCCCCUCCCCCAUGGACCUCUUGCCAACAGCGUUCGCACCCUCCAUCUCUUGACUUGCUCUCAGACCCUGCGAACUCUGAGCUUACCUAAGAACUACCCUCUGAAGCAGCCUGGUCUACAGAUUGAGUUCCAGACCUGCCCUAUCCCUAUGGUAUGGAAGCACCCUGAGGACCUCCUGUUGCCCAGUCACCUACCUCUGUCUCAGUUUGUUGUCCCCUCCUCAGAUUUACAGGCUUGCAUCAAUAAAGAAAUGAGACAUGGGCCUCAGAGAAGCUGUUGUCAUAGAGACCAUGAUGCUGGAAGCCCUAGGGGCAGGGAAGGGAGACACUGUGGUUCUUCUUGGGUCCUUAUAGAGGGAGGACAAAUGUGCCCUGCCAUGUGACUUGCAGUCCUCAGUUUCUCAGACGCACUCUUAUAAUUCCUAUGGGCUGUAUGCUGAGCUCUUACUCAGCAUAGGAACCCCAGAGCCCGAUCAUGUUGUAUCCCGCCUGCCCUGAGAGCUGUGCUAUUCUGAAAUGUUAGAAUGUAUCUAAUAACAAUAAAUCCACAAGUUAUAUCA